AUGGUUGCGGCAAUUGCCCUCGUCCUGGCUGUGCUGGCCGUCCAGCACGGGCUGAAGCACGAUCAGCAGAUAGAUGCGGCCGCGGCCGAGAGGAUGCAGCAGCGUGAGGAGUAUCUGCAUGAGGAGAUGACUCGGCUGCUGCAGGAGAUUGAGCGGAGCAGGGCCGCGGAGGAAGCCACGCUCCUUUCUGUGCUGCAGCAGUGGCCGUUAUGGACUGUUCCAGGAGCCCUGCUCCUGCUCGCUAGCGCCUGCUGGGUGGCCAGGGAAAUGAAGCUUGCCUCUGGCAGCUUCAGCGAGGAGGAGGACGACGAGGAGGAGGAGGAGGAGGAAGACCUCAGUGGUGCACACAAUGGUGUCGGCUCUUUGGCUGUGUCCACCCAACUGCCAAUACGGGGCCUGCCGGGCACGUGCAAGGUACUGAAGGAGCUGGUGGGUGACCUCCUUGAUGUCUGCCGAGUGUUUUGCCAGGGGACUUCCAUGCCGCAGAUGCACCCAGCCAUGGGGAUGAACGGCACCUAUGAAGCCUGGAGUGUCCAGGAGGACAGCAUCGGCUACCGCCUGGUCGUGUUCCUGCGGCCACCCCCUGGGCACUCUUUCAGCCUGAAGCUGGACACCACGGGGCAGCUGCCAGCAAGGCGCUCCAGCAUCCACGUGGUGCUGGAGUGCAUGUGCUCGAGGAAGCAGCUGCUGGGGGAUAUUCUGUGCUCUCUCCACCACCCCGACGACAAGCUGCCGACGGAUCAGAGCUCGUACUUCCUACGCACCCUCUGCACACGCUCCUACUUAGACGUGGAGAAAGUCGCCGGCUGGGUCCAACUGUUGGUGAGAUCAGCCUGGCCGCUUUUGCCUCAGUCGCACCACUGCCAGCUAACGGUGCUGCCCUCCUCCCAGUCCUGCAGGUUCCAGCUGACAAGCACCUCCGAGAUGAACAUCUGCGCUGAGAUGAUUUUUGCAGUGCAGCAAGGCAGCUCAGACGCCUACCUGAGCCUUGAGCAGGCAGAGGCCAGCCUCGCCAGCAGCGCACCAUGA